AUGGUAUUUGAUGGUCCUGGAGAAGAGCUUGCAGUCGUAGCCCUUUGGAUUAAGGUACAACCCACUUCUCUGGAAUAACAAAUAAGUGUGAACAAAUCUAAUGCAGUUUCGCCUGUAUUUAGUCGAAUAAUUCAGCGUCAAAAGAAAACAUUUUUCAAGAAGCCAAAGUUUUUCGAAGAAAAUGUGGUUUAUAUGACCCUCCAGAAAAAAUGAAGCCCAUACUUCAUGGUUAAAAAUUAAAAUUGCGGUUUUUUAAUUUAUACAAAAAUACUUUUAUUGUGUCCUUUGAAAUUAAUAAAAAAAGGAACUGUGACAGCUACGGAGACUUUUUUUUCAGCUGCAGGUUUUUUCACCAAAUAUACCUGCCGCUAAAAAUUGAUCUCAGGAAAAAAGGAUUUUUAAUUGUUUAAAAAGACAAUAUUGGCAAUUACGAAUAAUAUUUUAGCCUCCUUGGAUGCAUCUAGGAAAAGUGUAGAAGUAGAAGGGCGAUAAAAAAAAUGUUGCAAAUCACAGGAAGUUCGAUCUAUUGAAUUAUUUACAGGCACCCUCCAAAGGAAUCAAAAUUUUUGGAAAGUUAGCAAACCUGAUGAAAUACAUCCUCGACGUUGGUAGGUAUAUUAGAAUACUUAUUAAAAGUUCAAACACGAAGAACAUGUGAGCAAAUCCUCAUGUGUCCCCUUCUCGCUUUUAUUCUCCGUUCAUUGGCAAUCAGCAACGCCCCUGCCCCCCCUUCUUCGUACACUUGCAAAGUUUAUCAGCAAUCAUUUUAUCCUUUAAGCUUCAAUAUCCACGUAAAAAUUCUCAAGACCGAUCUCCAUGCAUUUCUUUAAAGAAUAGCUUGAGAGAUUUGAUAAAAGAUCAACGCACUGUCUGUUUGGCAAUCAUUUUUUUUAUUCACUGUACCCCAAGAAUUCGAUUUACACCAAAUUUACUAAGUGCAUAUAGGGUGCAAAAAAGUGCAAACUACAGUCAAAUCAAGGGCAAAAAUGGUAAAUACGGUAUUUGCCCUUGAAUUUACAAGCUAUGUAAACUGGGGUGCAAAUGCGGUAUUUACCAGAUCUUUGCCUUUGACUUACUCCUAGUUUGCACUUUUUUGCGCUUUAUUUUUAUUUGUCGCGAGGAAAUACACGGAUGUGUAAAUCUAAUUUUUCGUUCAGUGAUUCUCAUGACCUUUCUUGUUGUUUGUGCAUUAAUAUUACUAGUAGAAAGAUGAUGUUGGUUAAACUUGGGAUUUAAAGGGUUUAAUGCUGAUGUCACAGCUCAGUAACGGAGAAUGUCGUUGCCUCCGUUACUUACACGAUAUAAUUUUAAUUUUAAGCACAAUUUUCAUUAUUGUUAUUUUACCACGUUAAAGAAUGGCCAAAAAAUGACAAUAAAAAUAAUUUUUAAGUACAGAAGGUGAAAUAACAAAUGAAAAUUAUUGAGCUACUUUAUGGGUUACUUUGAAGAGCUCAAAUUUGCCAAAAGAACUUUUAAGCAAAACUUGAGAACACGUCAGAUCUCUGCCUCGUUCCCAGGCGACUUAAGCGUUUACCAUGGGAACGUAAAGUGUUGGCUCAAAAGGCCCCCGGGGAGGGUGGGCAUUUUCCUCUCCGCCUUUCCCAUGAUUCCUUGCGCGAAACCAAAAUCACUCCCGUUGAUGUCGAUCAUGUAUCCGCAAGAGCGCUCCUGGGUCAGAUCUUUCACUCGAUGAAAGAUGCUCGGCUCAGCUGUUUGAACGCUUAAGGAAACAAUUCAACAUCACCUUAUUUUACAGAUAAUACUCAUACUGUGGACAAGAAGGAUGGAAUUUAUCUUAUGGAUCUGAUUCCCCAACAUUGUCCAAACGGUAACGGCAAUGGUAAUGGCAAUGGUGGUAAUGGUAAUGGUAAUGGUAAUGGUAAUGGCAAUGGUAAUGGCAAUGGUAAUGGCAAUGGUAAUGGCAAUGGUAACGGUAAUGGCAAUGGUAAUGGUAAUGGCAAUGGAAAUGGUAAUGGCAAUGGAAAUGGUGGUAACGGUAAUGGUAAUGGCAAUGGAGGCAAUGGCAAUGGUGGUAACGGUAAUGGCAAUAAUAAUAACAAAAAGGACUCCAAAAGUUUGACUUUAGAAUGUUACUACAGUUACGAGGGUUCCCUCACUACGCCUCCUUGCCUUGAAACAGUACACUGGAUAGUUGUGAAAGAUUAUCUCCUGGCCUCUACGAGGCAGGUAUGUAAUGCUCAUGCACUAACUUAAAUAACUGACAUGGUCUAAAGAGAGCUUUUAGUUUACAAUUAAGAGUGGACACUCUACAGGUAAACUAAGUUACGGGACUCGAUCUGGUUCGAGACCGUCGAUGUCAGAAUAGCAUGACCGGUCUUCGUUUUAUUGAAUGAAAAGAGAUCUGCCGGACUUACGUUGGAAACGGGAUGGGGUUGCAAUUGUGUCGUCGUAGCGCGUUUUACCGGUAUCAGGAGGAGGUCGGGACGAGAGAGCCAUUCGCGAUCGGAUGUGGUCAUUUCCAGAGUCUUAAGUCAGGACAUCGUUAAGGGCAGAGUUCAAUGAGGUAGCUCGAAAAUUUGAGGGGGACCACAGGGGUACCCUGCGCCACAGACGAAAAUAAACUCUGGUUAAGUCUGUCUGCGAAACAGCGCGGAAAUCCUUGUUCUGGGCCCCCACCUUUGUACCAGGAUUUGAGUACGUGCCAUGAUUGGCCUCUUGAAAAAGCCAUUGUCAGUUUUCCGAUCAGCCUAAAAGGAAAUUCGAAACGUAUUUCCAGUAAUUCGUUGAGUCCGUUGGGGGCCCAGAACAAGGAAAUCGGCGCUGCUUUGUAGACGUUACUAACCGAGGUUAAAUAAGGUCUCCUAAGCAGGCUGCCACAGAGGCAAUUCCCAGACAAUGACCCAGACUGUUCAAGGUCCCCUAUUUUUCGGUGAGAUCGUUGAGAUCGAGCACUUUGCUUUAUAGGCAUUCAUCUUGCUUUCUAAUAUUUGGCGUCUAGCCUGGGAAUAAAUAUCAAAUCUAUAUAAACCCCGACGCCAGCAGUGAAAUCAAGAUGGCUUGUAGUUGCGGUACUUGCUGACCAUGCUAUAAAUCUGACGAUCUUACGAAAAAAUAGGGGACUUUGAACAGUCCACUGUAACCUCAAUGGCGUAAACAGGAAGGGCUGAGUUUUACCCCAGCUGGAUGGUAGUUGAUUAAGUCUGACUUAGACGGCAUUUAAAAGGGAGAGUACUCGAUAGGAUUGGGCUAUCGCAUUUGAUACCCGCACUCCCUGGUAGAGGACCCAUGUGCCGGUUCGUAGGCUAGGAUUCUCUUAAAAUUUCAAGGUGUUGCAGUGAAUCAAUCUUAGUGAAAGUUUCAGACAUUGUUAUAUACAUCAUGAAGAUUAUGUAAUGAGGUUUAAAGUGUGAUUGAAAAACAUUGGUAUGGUCUCUCAAAAACUCUAUCGAAAUACCUUAAACCAGAUGAUGGGUGUUAAGUUUCCUUACUUGACACAUUUUUUUGUGUGUUUCAGCUUAACAAGUUCAGGAAACUGAAGGGUGAACAUGGUAGAAAUCCUCCUCUGAUGUGCGACAACUACAGACCAGUCCAACCACUGAAUGACCGCACUGUUUACUCCGUCACAAAUAACGAUUAG